AUGGGGAGCAGGGCUUCCGGAGGGCUGCCCUUGGCACGGACUCCCUACACAGUCCUGCUGCUGCCACUGGGAACAAGCCGCCAGGAUCCAGGGGCCCGGAGCUUCUUCCUCUGGCUUCAGAGAAUGCAGGCCCUGGAGCGAGAGCAAGAUGCCCUGUGGCAGGGGCUGGAGCUGCUGGAGCAGUGUCAAGCCUGGUUUGGGAACCAUCUAAGGGAGGCACAGCAGCAGCAGCUACACCUGGGGGCCCUCGGUGAAAAUUUUCUAGCAGAUUUACACCCAGAGCCUUGUGGCCCCCAGUUAUCCCAGAUACAAAAGGUGAACCACUGUUUGCAGAAUCUCAUUCGGGGGAAGUUCUCCCGACAUCCAUCGAACAAAGGUAGUUCCUGUACCACCCAGCAGGGGAAGGAGAGGCGAAGGAAGCUGAAUUUGUGGCAGCAACAGGAGUCCUCAAGGCAGUGGAAAGGAGUCACCCAGACACAGGAGGAGACAGUGGAGCCCAAGAGGCGGUGGGGCCCUACGCUUGUCUGA